AUGAUUUGUAGAUGGAAUGAAAGUCGGUUAGAUAAACGACACAUUUCUAUCACUUCAUCUCUUAUUGCUUUCACAGCUGGUCCGCUGAUGCUAAGUUUAUCAUUACUUUCACUUACUCUUGCUCUUUCUUCAUCAGCAAUCAUCUUGGAUUCAAUUAUAAAUGCAAAAUCAACUUCAUACAAAGAUAGACGAAUUUGCGACAGGGUCGCACCUGGUUUUGUGCAACCUAGGCUGAAGAAACGGUAUGUCCUGAAUAAGAACAAAUGGUAUACCGGGACGCUAUCCUGGUCAUUUCGGGAUCCGUUUCAUCUUUUCAAAAACGAUCAAAAAUUUGCCAUUGUAAAGAAUAUUCUCCGACAAGCUUUCGAGAAAUGGUCAAACUCAUCAAGGGGCGCUCUUAUAUUCAAAGAUCUUUCUCCAAUGGAUCGAACUAAAGGAAAUAUUGGCGCAAAUUUUGAUAUUUUAUUUGCUAAAUACGCUCAUGGUGAUAAAGAAUCGUUUGAUGGGUUUGGUGGAAUUGUGGCUCAUUCGGGAUAUCCUGUAGAGGGUAUCAUCCAUUUUGACGGUUCUGAACAUUGGUCAAUUGAUGGACGUACAGGACUUGACCUUCGAUACGUUGCCCUUCAUGAAAUUGGACAUGCACUUGGACUAAGACAUUCCAACGAUCCGAAAGCUAUCAUGAAUCCGUAUUACAGCGAUCAACUAAAAGAAGGUUUUGAACUUGGCGAAGACGAUAUUCUGGGUAUCAGGAAGCUUUAUGGAACUUCUUAA